AUGGCAUUGCAGGAUAAUGUAGACGAUGUAUUUCUAAGCUACAAUAAUUCUCUUAUUCGCCAAGGAGAUGUAAAUCUUUUACGUGGACCUUAUUGGUUAAACGAUACAAUUAUAGGGUUUUAUUUUGAAUUUCUCGAAGAUAAAUAUGAAGCAUUAAUGCCUGAAGCCCUAUUUGUAUGUCCAGAAUUAACUCAACUGUUAAAAGUUACUGCUUCAAAUGAAUAUUCUGCCUUACUUGAUCCAAUUAAGGCAAAGGAAAAAAACUGGAUUUUUUUCCCUCUGAAUGACUGUAGCAGUCUGGAAAGGCCAGGUGGUACACACUGGAGCUUAUUAGUAUUUUCGAAAGUUGAAAAAUCAUGCUUUCAUUAUGAUUCUUCGAGAGGUUUAAAUACAUCCAUUGCCAAGGACUUGUCAAAAAAAAUUAUGCAUUAUUUAUUGGGCAAUAGUGAUGGAAAUUUUAUUGAAAUCGAUUGUCCUCAGCAAGACAAUUCGUACGAUUGUGGUUUAUUUGUACUUUAUUUCGCAGACAAUAUUCCAAUACAUAUUCAAAAAAAAUUGAAAAUUAGCUUUGAUUUUGAGUUUAUUCAGGAGGAAAUCAGUUAUUUUCGAACAGUUCUUUUAAUUUUAGUGCAGAAAUUAAAAUACCAGCAACUGUAA